AUGAAAGCAAUAACUAUCUUUCUCUGGACUUGUAUGUGGACAGAUACAUUGGGAACGAUAAGUGAACGUGAUGAAGAAAUUUAUAUGCUUCUCGAUAAAUAUGGGUAUAUCGAACGAGAAACUAAUGCGAGUCAAAGUGAUUUAAAUGCGGACCAACAAAGCUUAUUGAAUGAAGGUAUAUCUCGGUUUCAAAAAUCAUUUAAUCUUCCAGUGACCGUUAAAAUAGACUUUAGAACCGUAGAUCUACUUGAUGCUCAAAAUCGAAAAUGGAGUUCAUUAAAUAUUAAAUGGGGCAUAUACGGUGAUUAUCAUCCAAACGGUCUUACCGCGAUUGUGCAAAAAACGUUUAACGUUUGGUCUAAAUUCGUAAAUUUACAUUUUAGGAGAGUAAUAUCAGCCGCUAACAUUUUGAUCGCUUUUAAAUCGGGGAAACAUGAACUUAUUAGAAAUGAUAAAGCAUCAUGUUUAGGUCGCUUAGAUGGUAUGGGAGGAAUUCUUGCGCACGCCGAUUAUCCUGACAUUAACAAAAACCCAAUUGAAGUUCAUUUAGAUAAAGAUGAGGAUUGGGAUUUAACUACUACCACAUUGUCAGGCAAAACUAAUCUAUUCCUAGUUCUGGUACAUGAAAUAGGACAUGCAUUAGGAUUAGAUCAUAAUAAUGAGUUUGAUUCUAUCAUGUUUCCCAGUUAUGGAUUCCUUCAUAUUGAAAAUUUUACAUUAAGUCAGAAUGACAUUCAUGCGAUACAGAAAAUUUAUGGGAAUUCAACUUACACACAUAAAGUAUCUACUACUACUACGUCAAAACCUACACCCAAAAUUGAAACCACAACGUUAAAAUCUACGUCUAAAAUUGAAACUACAUCCCAUGAAACUAUAGCUCCCUUCGCCUUAUCUCACAUCUGUGAUAUUGAUGACAAGUUUUCAGGAUUCUUAAUAUAUAAAAAAAUAAUUUAUAUACUUUAUAAACAAUGGGUUUGGUCAAUUGAUUUAAAAUCUAAAAUGCCAGUUCGUUCUACACCUAUAAACAUAAUUGAUUGGUUAAAACCUUUGAGAGGUGUUUUAGAAGCUACGAAUUAUAAUUAUAAGGUUUCUUUUGGUUCUAAUGAUAACCUUAUAGUUAUUAUAAAUCAUUCAAUUUAUAUAAUUGAACUUAGGAGUAUGUCGAUACGUCACAAAUGGGAUUUUGAAGCAACUGGUUUGGGAUUUAACAAUCAUACUAAUAUUACAGGAGUUGUGACAAGUAAUUACGGAUCACCUUUUAUAUUCUUCGAUGGUGUCUAUGCUGUUCAAGUGGAUUAUCAAUAUGUUAAAACACGACAACUUAUAACGUCAGUUGCUGAUGAGUUUCCAGGGAUACCGAGUCAUUUUGAUGGUGUUUAUAAAUCUUCAGAUGGUUUAUUGAAUUUUUUUGUUG